GAUGAACCUGACAGUCAGCUCCAGCAGCUGAUCUGUGAUCGGAUGUGUUUCUCUCAGAUGAACCUGACAGUCAGCUCCAGCAGCUGAUCUGUGAUCGGAUGUGUUUCUCUCAGAUGAACCUGACAGUCAGCUCCAGCAGCUGAUCUGUGAUCGGAUGUGUUUCUCUCAGAUGAACCUGACAGUCAGCUCCAGCAGCUGAUCUGUGAUCGGAUGUGUUUCUCUCAGAUGAACCUGACAGUCAGCUCCAGCAGCUGAUCUGUGAUCAGAUGUGUUUCCAGCGUCGCUCCGCCCUGCAACUCUACGCUCAUUUCUAUUCGUAAACAGGGAGCGUCGGUUAUUCUUUCACGCGGAACGAGGCGAGCCGGCGGAUGACAGACUGCUGACAGACAGUGUCGGUAGUUGACAGCUCCUCACGUGCAGGUAUCCUCAUCUUGGUUCCGUCCACCAGAGAGUCCGUGGCUGGUAGGGUUAUUAUUUUUCCUCGUGGGGAGCAGCGCGGUAUCUGUGACCGGCACGGAGAUGACGUUAUGAUGGCGUCCCGGUAACAGGAACAUUCAGCUCGCUCCCUCACAGAUAACGUCAGCUGAGGUGACACAUUUCGCCUUAUGCCUAUUUGACUCCACUUUUAUUCUGACCCUGAUCUAAAAAUGCUGAAGGCGCUUGUGAGACACGUCCGUCGGUUCCCGUGGGUUUCUAACGUCACGAUGUACGGGUGUCUGUUCGCCGGGGGGGACCUGGUGUACCAAUUGCUCUCGCGCAGGGACAACAUGGACUGGAGCCACACGCGCAACGUCGCCGUGGUGGGGUUCAGUUUCCAUGGCAACUUCAGUUUCUUCUGGAUGCGCUUCCUGGAGCGGAGGUUUCCCGGGAACUCUGCCCGGAUGGUGGUGAGGAAGCUGCUGUUGGACCAGACCAUAGCCGGGCCCGUGGCCACCAGUGUCUUCUACACAGGUGUCAGCUUCUUGGAAGGCAAAGAGGACAUCUUUGAAGACUGGAGAAACAAAUUCCUGAAUACUUAUAGGACGGGGCUGAUGUACUGGCCGUUCAUGCAGUUUCUGAACUUUGCCUUGGUGCCUCUAUUCGUACGGACCACCUUCACCGGCUGCUGCGCCUUCGUCUGGGCCAUAUUCCUGUGUUUCUCACAGCAGAGCGGCGAUGGCACGGCCGGUGCUGCUCUGAAAUGGAUGUUCUCCAAUCAACAGGAUGAAUCAGAAGCCACAAAGGAGAAAGUGGACGCUGAAGUCAAGGUAAUGGCUCUUAAAGACGGAACAGCAGCGUCUACAUCUACUCAGAACUGAAACACGCUGAGCAGGAAAACACUGGUAUGAACAGGAUACGACUGGUCCAGUGGACAGCUGUCCUGUCUGGGGUUGCUGUUGCACUGGCACUGGCAGAGUUUGACUCUAAAGUCUCACUGGGGACAAAGUAAAGUGUGACAUAUGCUGUAAGGUGGUUUGGGACUGUAUGUAUGUAUCUACAGCAUAUUUUUCAAUACUUGAACAGGAUAUAUCUGUUCUAUGGGAAAAGACAUUCAAUCCCAUUCUUCCAUUGCCAUGCUAUAUUUCUCGGGUUUUAAUUGUUGUUUUUAUUAACUAUUGAAAACACACAUGAGGACUUCUAAUGUCUGGGACAGAAGGUGUAUCGAUGGAUGUUCCAGAUUCCUCAGAUUUCCCCCUAAAUGAAAAACUGGAACGAGUGGGGGAAAUCAUUUUUAACACAAUGUGACGUGGCAGCUAACACAUUAGCUCAGACCUUAAGGUUCUUCAAACUUGAAAAACUAUCAUUCUGAACAUUCAAAUAUGGCUCUUUCUUUAUGAGCAAAAGUGCUUUGACUGUUAUUUGCAUCUGUAACAGAGUGCCUGUCUGUAUUGAUUCCACCUUACACUGGGGGCACACUGCACAAGUACAAGUUUUUACAUUCAUAUUUAUAUUAUUAGGCGUUUUAUACAUAAGGACUAUAUGAUGCACUGAGCAAACAGGAGGGAUGUGGAAAAAAACGUAAAAAACACUUAAACAUAUCAUAAAACACAUGUUUGAUUUCCACAUUUUAACUUUUUUACUCUACAUCUAAACAAGUGCUAAUGAAAUACUACUGAAUAUCCCUUUGAGGUUGUCUGAUAAUGAUUUUACAACCAUUAACAGCAUGAAUGUGGACUUGCUACCUGCUUGAUGUCGUACUUGUACUUCACAUGUGAUACUGUUGAGUGUUGCUUUGCCCUGUUUCCAGAUUCUUUUAACACAGUUUGCUAUUACAACCUUUUUUUUCACGUUUGACCUCUGUGAAAAUGAUACAUUAUCGGUUUUACUUGUCAGCAGUGACUCUUGAAAUGUAACAUCAGCUACUUCCAGCCAACAGUUUUCUACAGAGGUCAUUUUAUAAAUAGAGAGCAGCUCAGUAUGAGAUCUGACUGUUAUCCCUCUACAUAGAGUGUAAAGGGGAAACGUCUCUCUUCUCUUCUCAGGUAGAUAACAAAACAUUCACACUUUUGCAUUUUUCAUUGUGUUCCCACGUAUUACUGAAAGUCCUGAUGUAUCUAUUUUAGUUUUUCUCAGCUAAAUUGAUACGGUGGUGAUAAUACUAAAGCGUUUGAAUUGGGGCACAGAAAAAAAACACUAAAAACGUUUGAUCUCUUUUACCAGACUUUUAAACUGCACACUUAAUUAUCGUAACUUAAUGUACUGUACUAUUUCGUGUCAAUUAAUUCCUGAUUAUUUUUACACUGAUGUGCUACACUGGAACUGAAAGGUUAAAUGAAUGAAUAUUCCAUUUGUUCAUAUCAGCAACUGAAAACUAGAAUAGUAGAAUUCUGUCUGAAUGUUUUUGACAGGUUUUAAUAUCACGAAGAACCACAUAAUAUAUCGAACAAAGAUUUAAUUACAUUUUGUACUGUGAAUGCUAAAUCGAGAUAAACACUAUUUAUUGUUGAAUAAAAUGAAAACACCCCUUG